GCUGCAUUCCAUUCACAACAGACACAGAGACACACUCACAGUUUGGCUUUAGUGUCCAGGACCGUGAAGAUCGGGGAAGAUCAAACUACCUACUGUAGGUUAACCCCUGAGUCUCUGUGUCUCCCCUUCAAGGAUACAGGUUGCACACUAGGGACUCCAUCCCAGUCCUCCUGCCAACCUUGCCAAAGCCACAAUGUCACAAUUCUGUACAAUGCCAGCUGGAGAGAGGAAGAAGUGUGCAGCAGCUAUUUGCCGAGAGGUCCAUGGUACCAAUGGGGACGUCAUGGAUCUCGGAAAGAAGCUGAGCACUCCUAAAGACAUUAUGUUGGAGGAGUUAUCAUUGCUUUCCAACAGAGGCUCUCGGCUUUUUAAAAUGCGCCAGAGGAGAUCUGACAAAUAUACAUUUGAAAGUAUCCAAAAUGAGGCAAACGCACAGUUAAAUAAUGAUAUUUUAGCCCAGAACACACACACUGUGGAAAUUAAAGUGGAUGUACCCACCCAAGGAAAUACCACUAAUGCAGAAAACACUGCUUCAGGCACGACUGCAGAGAAGUUGAAUACCACAGCCAUGCCCAAGUCCUAUCACUCUCCAUGGGAGGAGGCGAUCCUCCGUGACCCCGACCUCGCUGAAACUCUCAAACUGAGAAUGCCAGAACUGGACCCGCGACCAGAGCUUCCUGAUUACAAGUGCUUUAACCGGGUUGCCACUCCUUAUGGUGGCUUUGAGAAAGCUCCUAGAGGAAUCACAUUCAAACUCCCAGAGGUGGACCUGAACCCGCCUAGAUACCCAGAGCUCCAAGAGCAGGGGAUGAAGCGGCCCACCUUCAACAGGACGGCUCAGGGAUGGAUAUCUGAGGGCACCCAUCUGAUCCUACCCAGUGUUACUCUGGAGCCCAUCAAAGUCCCAGAGUCUGAUGACCUGUAGAUGAUUUUACAUAAUUUGGCAACACAGUGUUGUCUGUAAUAUUGUGGCCCCACCCUGUGAUGACAACAAAACAGUCAGUUAGAAGCACAGUUACAAAUCCUUACCAAUAUUUUUGGAUUGUUCCCAUGCAAUGGACACAAAAUGUCUCAUGCUUUUGUUCUUCAGUUGACUAGUAUGUGUGCUGUACACUAGAAAGUCAUGUAAAUAGCAAAAGGAACACGCUAUACAUAAUUCAAAAAAUCCAGUUUCCACUGAUACAGAAAACCAAACUGUAAAAUUUAUAAAUUUUCAAAUGAAAAGAUGAAUAUGUAAUGUAAAUAAAGAAUGCAACUUAUUUAUUGAUGGCAAACAAUCAGAACUGGAACCUGCAGUAAAUUAUAUAUAGUUAUAUUUAGUGUUUAGUGUAUUUGUAUUAUAUCUACAGUACAAAAUACAAUGAAUGGACAUUAAUAAACAAACUGAAUACAAAGGUUUGUAUUCAAAAUAGAAUUCCACACUGAAAAUAACUUUAAAUACAUUUUUCACUUACAGAUUGGGAAAGUUAAAUAAAAGUAGAAGCUCUGUUUCCUUUCAAGGUCCCAUAUCCUUGGAGGGGGAUUCAUAGUAAUGAUACAGUGCUGAAGCAGAAGAAAACAAAGUAGGUAACGAGGUAAUCAAUCUAGGAGGGAGAGAGAGGAACCUGGACUUUGACACUGUGAUGGCAUGGCGCUGUGCCAAGGCACUUGGAAUUAGAAACAUAGCAUCUCACGGGCUCAGAAACUUUGAGUUUAUAUGUAUUUCAUACAAGAAAAGAACACAGAUGCUGUCACACCUGCCUUGUCUGGAGAGCAAUGACAGUAAAGAGGAAAUACAGAUGUUCGUUCUGCAUUGUUUCUGGUCAUAGAUGGACUAAAAAUAAGAUUAACUUGGCAGUAACACAACCUACAGUAGCAACACUGUAUGAAUGCAAAAUACACUGAAUGACUGAAUGAUAUGAAGUGUUAAGUUCACUGUAUUUCAGGAAAAUCAAGCUUAAAACAUUUGAGCUGCAUGAUUUUAUUUGCCCACUGUACUAAAUGCAUUUAAUUUUAAUACAGUUAAAAUGGGUUUGAUGUCACUCGUA